GAAUAUGGGUGUCCGAUUAAUGAUUCAAAAUCGCACGCAACUAGCUAGAGGGCUAAUCUCUCUCUUUUCUCUCAAAUUGAAAACCCUAAUUCAUUCUGCUCUCUCCAUUUUCGAGAGUUGAGCGAACGAAAUCGAAGCACCAUGGUUUUCUAUUUCAAAGCCCGGCCCGAUGUUGGUGAUUACACCAUUUUCAUGGGGCUCGACAAGUACGAGAACGAGGAGCUCAUCAAAUAUGGCUUCCUCGAGGAUAUUUGGUUCCAUGUAGACAAGAUGUCAUCUGCCCAUGUUUAUGUGAGACUGCAAAAAGGGCAGACCAUUGAUGAUAUUAGCGAAGGUUUGCUGGAGGAUUGUGCUCAGCUUGUCAAAGCAAAUUCUAUUCAAGGAAACAAGGUGAACAACAUUGAUGUUGUGUAUACACCUUGGUCCAAUUUGAAGAAAACUGCGUCCAUGGAUGUUGGCCAAGUUGGUUUUCACAACCCCAAGAUGGUCCGAACUGUAAGGGUGGAAAAACGGAUCAAUGACAUUGUUAAUAGAUUGAACAGGACUAAAGUGGAAAGGAAGCCUGAUUUGAAAGCUGAACGUGAAGCAGUUAAUGCAGCUGAAAGAGCAGAGAGGAAGCAACACCUGAGAGAAAAGAAACGCCGCGAGGAACUGGAAAGGUUAGAAAAAGAGAGGCAAGCAGAGUUAAGGAGCUACAAGGGUUUGAUGGUCUCUGAAAAGAUGACAUCUAACAAACAGAUUGCAGCAACAAGCAAAUCGCUACAAGAGCUGGAGGAGGAUUUCAUGUGAUCGAAUUGAUCAGUGGUACAAAUGCUGCAAAAACCAGCACCUAAACCUGCUCUUGUGUCGAGAUGAUGGUCAUUUGCCCAUUCAGUUUGUGGUUCUUGGCCCAAAGUUGUUCUCUCGUGAGUGAUCAAAUUGUCUUUAGCCUCGAUGAUAUUCAACUUGUUGUGUCUACUUGAUGAUGACUAUGCAAAUAGAAAAUUGCUGUGCCUUUCAAGAGAGCGGAGAAAUGGUGUUCUGUAAGUUGUAAUUACUGUUACUCUUGUUUAAUGAUGAUAAGUUAGCUCGUUUUGGCGUACUUUUCUUUUUUUCAAAGUAAGAAAAAGGAAUUCAUCUUUUUUUGGGUA